UAUAAAAUAUUUUUUUUUUUAAAAACUUAUUCAUAAAAUAUAAUUUUGAAUUAUGAAGAAACCAUAUAUUUUUAAUGGACUAAGAUGGUUGAGCAGAAAGUUAUUAUGGUUUACAGAUCACCAAAAAGAAAGAAGAAGAACCAAUAAGACCGCAUAUGAAAUACUUUCAAAGCUGAACUUUCAGGAUACGAAAAAUUUAACUGAACGUGAGUUGAUAAUUGCCAGUAAAUUGGUCGAUCCGACGACAAUAUCUGUUUCCUAUGAGGAAAUUGGAGGACUUAGUCAUGUUGUAGAUGGUAUAAGAAAAAAUGUGAUUAUUCCAGCACAUAAAAAUAAACAUGAAAAAACAUUAACACCAAACUCGCCAAAAGGAAUAUUGUUACAUGGACCUCAUGGCUGUGGGAAGACCAUGAUUUCCGAAGCAAUCACCAAGGAAGAAGGAAUUUAUUGUUUAAAAUUGGAUGCUCGUUUACCAUUAUUCUACAGAGAAUGUGGUAGUAAUAUGUCUUCCAACAAUAUCGAAAAGUUGGUUGACGCUUUAUUCAGUUUAGCUCAAAAGAUGCAACCAUUCAUAAUAUUUAUUGAUCACUUUGAAGAAUUCACGCGCAGUAAGCAUUAUAAUUAUUUUGAAAAUAAAUGGUUACACACAGAAAAUAAUUUGAUUAUUAUUGGAGAAACAAAUCAUAUUUUUUGGAGAAAUGAACCUUUUGAAAUGCUUUUAAAAAAAGAAUUAAUACAAAGUCAUCAUAUUUCAUUACCGGAUACAAAUCAAAGAAGAGAAAUACUUGCCACACGUAUGAAAUUUCAUAAUUAUAAAUGUCAAGGAUGUUUACAUGAUUUGGCCAUAGAAACCAGCGGAUUUUCUGGCGAUGACCUUGAUAUGAUAUUUUCAAAUUUAAUAAGGUAAAUUAAAGGAAGAUAUAAUACAAUGGUCA